CACUCCUCGCCUAUCCCAAAUGCCGCAUCUUCCAAUACAGCAGCUAUCGUCAAUGAACGCACCACGUUUGGGCUUAACGUGCGAUUCUCCGGUCCAAAAGGAUUAUUUUGUGCAUAUCAUAAUUUCAAGACCAAACAUUUAUAACAGUUUAAUUUCCGUGACUCUAAAACACCUCGCGUGACGUGACCAACGGAUUGAUUUAACCGCGCGAGCGACUUCAUCCACGGAGAAGCCGUUUUUUCGGGAUCGUAUCCCGCUGAAUGAAGACUAAACGUGGGGAAGGAAUGUUGUUUUGACUAAAUACAGGUGGUAAUCGGACACGGUAGGCUGAGAGAUAUAGAAACCUCAAAAGCACCCUAAGGUCACGUUUAUUAUUGUUGACUUGACAGGUGAAACGCCAUCGACGUUGUUGGCAUUUGCAUCAGCCGAUAAUACGAAAAAGGACAACGCCAGCGUUGUACCCACUGAAUAUUAUAUUAUUCAAAAGACUAAAGAGAGUGUAUUUGAAAUCAUUUUUUAUUCAUUUAUAUGUAAUGUAACGCUAGACCCAUGAAUUAUGUACUAUUAUUAGCAUAUGUUGGUGAUCAUCAUAACGCGCUGUUAAAAUAUGCCUUGAUGUUUGACAUUUGGAAAUACAGACUAUUUGGCAAAAGUAACAUGAGCAUAACUAGUAACUACAUCCAAUCAUAGUAACCAUUUCUUAAAUGUGUUAGCAACUUCACAUGGAUUUGCUUAAAUGAGAGAAAGACAAACAUUAAACCAAGUAUUGAAUAGGCAGCCUGCUAAAUCUGUUGAUAUUUUAUGUAGGCUACAGUGCAAUGUUAGCUAAAUUACCUCAUUUCAUACAUUUAGCUGAUUUUUCCUAUUCAUAAUUGUCUAAAAAUCCUAUAACUUCAAGAUAAGGUCAAGAUCCUAAGAGAUAUAUUCUCUAAUUCACUCAUUUACAUAAGCAAUAAUUCACAAAAUACAUAAGCAAUACAUAUAAUUUAGUGUAGAAGGAAUGUCUGAAUAAUCAUUAAGGAGAUCCACUGUCCAUUUUAAACUCAUUGUGGCAAAGAUUGGAUCACUUCAAAUGUUUUUCUCCUCAGGUCAAGUCAACUGAUAACUGUAUAACACAAAACUCUUAGUUAAUGUCACUUGUCUUCCAUUAUCUGGACACAGUUAUCAUUCAAAACUAAUCACAACCUCAGCUCCAAGUCUUCCACUGUCAAGAAAACAAGAACUCUUUGUUGUUUAGUGAAUAUCUCUAUAUAUUUUAGAAAUCAGAUCAGAUAUUCACCAGAAUAUUUAAUCACUUAAAUAUACGUCAAGAAGAACCGUUACUGACUGAAACUCGAGUGUGGCAUCUCAUCUCUUUUUUCUUUCAUGGAGUAACUAAAUACUCUGGACUUGUUGGAUCGAUUUUCCGCACAGAGGGCGGCGUCACAUCUCUGAUACUCCCUUACUGGACUCCCUUGCACCUCAUCAAAACACUCAUCUCCCACCCGACAAGACAGGAGGAAAACAUCAUCGUUUUCCACUCUGGCAAGCUCAUCAAUUCACAGAUCCAGGGGACACAUUUCCUUUGCAGAGCUCCUGUCUCAUUGUGGACUACUUGCCGAGACCUCCUGCCCUUCAGUUUGAGCCUGUUUUGGGUCUGUGUGUGUCUGUGUGUGUGUGUGUGUGUGUGUGUGUGUGUGAAAGACAGAAGCACGACUCAGAAAGCUGUGGCUAUCACCUGUGAAGAUGUCUGCAGUGCGACUUCUGCGGGUCCCUGUGCUGCUGUGUUUAUCACACGUUUGGCUCUGCCACGGGGCGUGUGUGGAGGUGGACUCCGACACAGAGGCGGUGGCGGGUCAAGGCUUCAAAUUGAGCUGCAUCUCAUGCAAGAUGAGAGGGGAAGUGCCGGCCUCUGCCACUGUGGACUGGUGGUUCAUGGCCAAAGGCGAGAGUGAAUUUACACACAUCUACAGUUAUGCAGAAAUGUCAAGCUACAUACUGGAUGACCACUUCGACGACCGCCUGGCCUGGGAUGGCAGUAAAAAAACGUAUGAUGUGGAAGACGGCUCAAUUUACAUCCUCAACGUCACCUUCAACGACACCGGCACCUAUCGAUGCCUUUUCGACCGCAUGCUCAUCUUCCCCUAUUAUGAGUACCGCACCACCACCGUCAAGUUUAUCACCCUCAACGUAGUGGGCCAUGCUACACGCGGCAUGGCGUCCAUCUUAUCUGAGGUGAUGAUGUACGUGUCUAUCAUCGGGCUGCAGUUGUGGCUGUUGGUGGAGAUGGUCUAUUGUUACAGGAAGAUCGCGGCAGCGGGAGAGGAAGCGCUCAGAGAGAGCGAGGCGGAAUAUUUAGCUAUAAGCUCGGAGGGUAAAGAUAAGUGUGCAGGUGUACCGGUGGCAGAAUAACACAGAUCCAAAAAAAGUCUCAAGCUGAAAGCUUGAUGCUCCAUCCAUUAUGACAUCACCAACGGCCUCCCCCAUCACCCACACCGGUGCUCUGCCAUAACCACAGGGCUGCUGUGACAGAACCGCCAUUCUAAAUCAUCAGGGAAAUUCAGUCACGCAUUACGUAAAAAGCGUUGUGAUUAAAGGUCCUACACAACAACUUUAAAGGUCCCCUGACAUACAAAUUUUUAACAUUAAUAUGAGUUCCCCUAGCCUGUAUAUACUAACUUUCAAAAAUUUCCUUUCAAUCGGUGUAAACCGAGCUUUGGUUAUCUUUCUCUGUCUUUGAGAAAAUGAAAGCUCAGAUGCGCUGAUCUUGAAUCUCUUCCAUAUGAUGUCAUUAGGAGGAAAGGUUACCUUUCUCUGCUUUGCCGGCCCAGAGAAUGCGGCUCACCCAUGAGAAAAUGAGCAAGGAAAAACGAAUGCGCUACCGCUAUGUGAGUUUUCCUCGAGAGAUAUCAUAGCUUGCAAACGAGCGAAGCAUAGCAGUUGAUCAGUGUUCGGAUGUACAAAUGAAUUCAAACGUAUUUUUUUAGUUCCU